AUGGCCCAGGAAGUUUUCUAUCUCAAUUACUCUGAAUUUGGGUCUCCAGAUGAAGUGGUGAAGCUGGAGAAGGGGUCAAUAUCUCGUCAACUUGAGGAGAUGGAGGUAUUCCUGAAGAUUUUGGCAUCUCCUGUGAAUCCUGCUGAUCUUAUUACCAUCACGGGCAAUUAUGCCAUUAAGCCCCUUCUACCCAGUGUCCCGGGGAAUGAAUGUGUGGCUAGGGUGAUGGAGCUUGGGAGUGGGGUGAAAAAUCUGGCUGUUGGUGAUCUUGUUGUACCUUUCCGGAGUGGUUUGGGGACAUGGCGCUCUGCUGGAAUUUUCAAUGCUGUAGAUUGGUUUAAAGUCAACAAUUUGGGCAUUGUGGAAGCUUCUACGCUUACCGUGAAUCCCACAACGGCUUAUCGGAUGCUCAAGGACUUUGGGGAUCUCAAACCAGGAGACACUGUGGUCCAGAACGGAGCUAAUAGUGCAGUAGGACAAAUUGUGUCUCAAUUGUGUAAGAAAUGGCGCUACAAUUGUGUAGGAGUUGUAAGGAAUCGUCCAGACAUUGAUUCCCUCAAAGCUGCAUUGAAAGAUCUUGGGGCAAGGGAGAUCUUUACAGAAGAGGAAUUUGCUACAACUGACAUUUUUACAUCUGGAAAUCUUCCUGCUCCCAAAUUGGCUCUGAAUUGUGUAGGAGGUGCAAGUGCGGAGAAUCUAUUGAAAGAAGUGGCUCAUGGUGGCACAUUUGUCACGUACGGAUGCAUCUCGAAGAACCCUACAACAAUUCCAGCUUCAGUAUUCAUCUACCGCGAUAUUAAAUGCUGUGGAUUUUGGCGCACAAAUUGGACAAGGGAAAAUCAUGGAAAUCCAGAACGUGUGAAGAUGCUGGAAGAGAUUGUGGCUAUGUAUCAGACGAAUGAUCUUCGACCUGCUGAAGUGGAAUUUAUUCCAAUUGGAAAUUUCAAGAAGGCUUUCAAGGGAAUUCAAGGAAAAAAAUGUAUUUUAACCUAUGAAUAUAUAUGA